AUGAAUGAACGCUUUGCUAUCAACUCUGGAGGCAUUCAGAAUUUGCAGACCACCGAGGAAGGAUCUAAUCUGAGCAAUCCUCAAAAAUUGAUGUUGGAUGCUUUCAAAGGAGCUCCGCAGGUCCCCAAAAUUCAGGAUUCUAUGGUGGGUGAUGGAAGCCAUUCUAAGGCCAGAAAAUCUCUCAAAUUUGAGGAGGAAAUAGAUGCAGAGGAAGUGGAUAAUAAGAGGUUUGAAUCUCUGGUUGAUGAUAAUAUUCAUAGGGAAGAAGCAAGGAAGAAGGCUGCUGAUAUGGUGGAGCAGGAUAUGAACUCUGCUCUAGAUGAUGCUCACAUGAUGAUAGAGGGUGAACUUCUGUCAGACUCUGAGCUUCUUAGUGAGGAUUGGGAGGAGGGUGAGGUACCUGACUUAAUGGAGGAGGCAGAUAUGGAGGCGGCAGAUAUGGAGGCUGAGAAUGGUAAGAUGUUAGACGUCGAGAUGAAGGAGCAUGCUAUCUUGGCUGAUCAAAACAUCAAAGAGGUUAACGUGGUCAAGCCUGCAAAGAAGAAGGGUGUAAAGACGGGGACCUUUGGGGGAACAACCAAGAAGCGGAUUGUUCAGACCAUUCUCUCUCCUAGGAAGAAUAAGUUACCAAAGGGGCCAAUGAAGAAUGGAGGUAAAGAUAAUGGUGAGGGGAAGAAGAAUGUUCCCAAAGCUAAAGAGGCUUUAGAAUAA